AUGGCGCUCCUGCGGCAGACAUGGACGCUGGCGCGGAAGAACUGGCUCAUCGUGGCCGGGCGCCACAGCUUCGCGACCGUCGUCCGGGCGUUCGUGCUGCCCAUCGUGGUGACGGCCCUCCUCAGCUUCGCCAAGAACUUUUUCAUGCCCGUGGCCCGGUAUGGCAUCAGCCCGGCGCACCCGAUCCGCUCGCUGCCCGAUGCGCUCGCCGUGGCCGCCGGCUCCGGCCGCCACACGGUCGUGUUUGUGAACAGCGGCUUCACGGGCGGCGACAUUGAGCGCGUCAUCGACGAGCUGGCCGGCGUGGUGAGGGACUCCGGCACGGGCGCCAACGCGACGGUGCUGGCGAGCGACGUCGACGUGCCGGACAUUUGCCAUGCCUCGCUGCGCGGCGUCACCCCUUGCUACGGCGCCGUCAUCUUCCACGGCUCGCCGACCGAGGGCGGGGGCGGCUUGUGGAAUUACACCCUGCGCGCCGACAGCGCGCUGGGCGCCGGACGCAUCAACGUUGAUAUCAGCACCAACGACGGCCAGAUCUACAUGCUGCCUCUCCAGCACGCCGUCGACGCGGCCAUCUCCCGCCGGAACAACGGCUCCGACGGCGCGGUGCCGCUGUCCGCCGAGAUCGACGAGUACCCCUUCACCUCGCUCACCCCGCAGGAGUACGCCGACAAGGUCCGCAUCAACUACCAGGCCAUGAUCAUGAACGCCCUGGGCGUCGUCUUCAUCGCCUCCAUCAUCGGCGUGGUCUACCACAUGGCCGGCUUCAUCGCCACCGAGCGCGAGACGGGCAUGUCGACCCUGAUCGAGGCCAUGAUGGCUACCCAGAGCACCUGGCAGCCGCAGGCGGCCCGUCUCCUGUCGUACCACCUGUCCUUCUCGCUGCUGUACCUGCCCGGCUGGCUCGUCUCGGCCGUGAUCCUGCGGUACGGCGUGUUCGCCCACACGAGCGCCGCCGUGGUCUUGUUCUACUUCAUCCUCUGCGGCCUGGCGCUGGGCUCCAUGGCCAUCCUGGGCGCCGCCUUCUUCAAGAAGUCGCAGCUGAGCGGCGUGGCCGUCACGAUCAUCUACAUCCUGCUCGCCAUCAUCGCCCAGACCAUCAGCUGGCCGCGGACAUCGACCGUCGUCGCGCUGAGCCUCCUGUUCGCGCCGUGCAACUUCACCUACUUUAUCUCGCUGCUCGCGCGCUGGGAGCAGCAGGAGUGGCCGACCGACCUCCUCCAAUCGCCGCCCAACAGCCCGUGGAGCCUCCCCGGCGUCGUGUUCUUCGUCUUCCUCGGUGCGCAGACCAUCGUCUACCCGAUCCUCGGAGCCCUGGUGGAGAGGUGGCUGCACGGCACGACCUCGAGCGGGCGCAACAUCGUCGUGGGCGAAGACCGCGGCGAUCUCGAGCCGGACUGCGCCGUGCAGCUCGAGGAGUUCACUAAAGUCUACAAGCCGGGCCUCCUCCGGCGCAUGUUCGCCUUCAUCUCCGCGCCGAAGGAGCCCGUGGUAGCCGUCAACAAGCUCACGCUGAGCGCGCGGCGCGGGCAGAUCCUCGCGCUGCUCGGCGCCAACGGCAGCGGCAAGAGCACGACGCUCGACACCAUCGCGGGCAUCAACAAGGCCACCAGCGGCCGCAUCACCAUCGACGGCACCGGCGGCCUGGGCAUCGCGCCGCAGAAGAACGUGCUGUGGGACGAGCUGACCGUGUUCGAGCACAUCCGCAUCUUCAACAAGCUCAAGUCGCCGCGCCAGCAGGCCACCGCGGCCGAGAUCCACGAGCUGAUCGCCGCCGUCGACCUCGCGCAGAAGACGAAAGCCCAGUCGCGCACGCUGUCGGGCGGCCAGAAGCGCAAGCUGCAGCUCGGCAUGAUGCUGACGGGCGGCAGCGCCGUGUGCUGCGUCGACGAGGUGUCGUCCGGGCUCGACCCGCUCAGCCGGCGCAAGAUCUGGGACAUCCUGCUCGCCGAGCGCGGCCGCCGCACCAUGAUCCUGACCACCCACUUCCUCGACGAGGCCGACCUGCUGGCCGACUACAUCGCCGUCAUGUCCCGCGGCACCCUGCGCGCCCAGGGCUCGUCCGUCGAGCUCAAGGACCGCCUCGGCGGCGGCUACCGCAUCCACGUCAACAGCGCGAAGAAGCUGAUCCCGCUCCUGCCCGAGGUCGAGGGCGUCAGGAAGAAGGUCACGCCGCAAGAGGCCGCCUACGUGGCGCCGUCGUCGGCCAUGGCCGCCAAGGUGAUCCGGGAGCUGGAGGCGGCCGGCAUCACCGACUAUCGGUUCUCGGGGCCGACCAUCGAGGACGUGUUCCUGCAGCUUGCGGAGGAGGUGCGCGCGGAAGAGGGCGGGGACCACCCGUCGCGUGGUGGGGUCCUCAGCUCGGCCGAUGAGAAGUCGUCCGAGAAGGCCGCCGAGGUCGGCGAGGCCGAGAAGGGCCUCGAGCUCAUGUCGGGCCGGCCGAUCGGGUUCUGGCAGCAAGCCUGGGUGCUGUUCCUCAAGCGCUGGGUCAUCUUCCAGAACAACUGGUUCCCGUCUUUGGCCGCGUUCGCAAUUCCCGUCAUCGCCUCCGGCCUGGUGAUGCUGUUCGUCAAGAACCAGAAGGCCUUGGGUUGCUCCCCGUCCGACCAGCUGUCGCAGAGGACGGCCGUCAACAUAUUCGACAGCAGCUUCCAUCUGCACCUAGUCGGUGGGCCGCCUGACAAGUUCUCGCAGUCGAACCUGGCCCGCCUCUUUGCGCCCAUCUACCUCAGCAGCCUGGCCAGCUCGGGCGGCAACGGCACCGCCGACCUGGCGGCCAGGGACCUCACCAACCCAGCCGACUUCUUGAAGAACCUGACCCUCGUCAACUCGUACGACGAGUUCAACAGCGCCGUGGUGCAGUACCGCAAGAACAUCACGCCCGCGGGCAUCUGGCUCGGCGACGACCACUCCCUGCCGACGGUCGUCUACAAGGGCGACGGCGCCGAGAUCAUCGACGCCUGGUUCGGCGGCUGGGUCAUGGACAUGCUGCUGACCAACAGCACCAUCGCGUCGACCUACAUCUUCUUCGACACGCCGUUCGUCCCCGACAUGGGCAACUCGCUGCAGCUGCUGGUGUACGUGGGGCUCGCCCUCUGCGCCGCCCCGGCCUUCUUCUCGCUGUACCCCAACCUGGAGCGGCGCCGCAACGUCCGCGGCCUGCAGUACUCCAACGGCGUCAAGCCGCUGCCGCUGUGGCUGGCCUACACGGCCUUCGACUUCGCCAUCGUGCUGGCAGGCGCCGUCAUCAGCAUCGCCCUCUUCGCCGGCCUCGCGCCCGACCUGUGGUACCACCUCGGCUACGUCUUCCUGGUCUUCAUCCUGCACGGCCUGGCGUCCAUCCUCCUGGCGUACAACGUCUCGCUGUUCAGCGCCAACCAGCUGUCGGCGUAUGCCUUCUCGGCCGCCGGCCAGGUCGUCACCCUGCUGAUCUAUCUGAUCGGCUACAUGUGCGUCAUCACGUACGCGCCCGUCGACCGCAUCGACAACCUGAUCCUGAUCGUGCACUUUGCCCUCUCGGUGCUGGCCCCGAUCACGUCGGUCAUCCGAAGCCUGUUCGUCGCCCUCAACCUCUUCUCGACCUCCUGCGACGGCCACCAGCUCUCGUCCAACCCCGGCAGCCUGGUGCAUUACGGCGGGCCCAUCCUCUACCUCAUCGUCCAGACCAUUUUGCUCUUCUUGCUGCUGGUCUGGGCCGACGGCGGCAGCGCGGGCACCUCAUUCUGGCGCAUCUUCAAGCGCACCGCCGCUGCCCCUUCCUCCCCCGCCGCCCUCGACAGCGAGCGCGCGGCCAUCUCGGACGAAGAAGUCGCCAACGAAGUCGUGCGCGUCAAGUCCUCCGCCACGGACCCGGCCGCCGCCACCACCACCGCUCCCACCGACGGCCUCCGCGUCAUCAACCUGACCAAGACCUUCGGCAGCAAUACCGCCGUCGACAACGUCACCUUCGGCGUCCCGCACGGCGAGGUCUUCGCCCUGCUCGGCCCCAACGGCGCCGGCAAGUCCACCACCAUCAGCCUCAUCCGCGGCGACCUCAAGCCGUCCCCGCCGACGGGCGACAUCCUGGUCGAGUCGGCCUCGGUGACGCGGCAGCUGGCGCUCGCGCGCUCGCACCUGGGCGUGUGCCCGCAGUUCGACGCGAUCGACCAGAUGACGGUGGCGGCGCACCUGGCCUUCUACGCGCGGGUGCGGGGCAUCCCGGCGCGCGACGCGCCGCACAACAUCGCGGCCGUCCUGCGCGCCGUCGGCCUGGGCGGCCUGCGCCACCGCCAGGCGGCCGCGCUGUCGGGCGGCAACAAGCGCAAGCUCUCGCUGGCCAUCGCCCUCAUGGGCAACCCGUCCGUGCUGCUGCUCGACGAGCCCUCCUCGGGCCUCGACGCCGCCGCCAAGCGCGUCAUGUGGCGCACCCUCGCCCGCACCGCCGCCCCGGGCCGCUCCCUGCUCCUGACCACCCACAGCAUGGAGGAGGCCGACGCCCUCGCCGGCCGCGCCGGCAUCCUCGCCCGCCGCAUGCUGGUCAUGGGCCCCGUCGACCACCUCCGCGCCCGCUUCGGCGGCCGCCUGCACGUCCACCUCGUCUGCCGCGGCGCGCCCCGCACCCCGGACGCCGACGUCCAGCGCAUCCGCGCAUGGGUCCGGGCCCGCUUCCCCGCUGCCGAGGUCGAGGAGCGCACGUACCACGGCCAGAUGCGCUUCAGCCUGCCCGUCGCUGCGGUGGUGACCCCCGGCGCCGCCGGCAGCGGUGGUGGUAAUGACAGUAGUGGCGGCGAUGAGAUCACGUCCUCGCCAUCGCCCUCUUUGUCAGCGGCGCCAUCCGCGGGGUCGGCGAUCGGCAGGCUGGUCGUGGUGCUGGAGGAGGUCCGCGCCGAGCUUGGGAUUGAGCAUUUCAGCGUUAGCCCGACCACGCUGGACCAGGUGUUCUUGACCGUUGUCGGGCAACAUAAUGUUCGCGAGGAGGGGUACGAGAAUAAGGAGGCGAAGAGGAGUUGGUGGCGGUUGUGGUAG